UAUUAUUAACGAAAGCAAGCCAUUUUAUUACUUUAUUAAAAUACACACUCCGAGAAGCAUGAUCCACUCUGAUACAACACAAACACUAGCUAGUAGCUACAUACAUCACCAGGAAAAAGAGACGCACACUUAAAUCAUAAUAAUGUAAAUCAGCUGCAAACACCAAACCUUGCACCCAUUAUUGAUUGACAUCUAGGCCACAAGCUCAAGGACGGAGAUGAUUAACCAGAGAUCUCGAUGGCCUUGACGUCAGGCUUCUUGACCUCGGUCUUGGGCACAGUCACCGUCAGCACGCCGUUCUCCAUCCCGGCCUUGAUCUCAUCCAUCUUGGCGUUCUCCGGCAGCCUGAACCUCCUCACGAAUUUCCCGCUGCUCCUCUCCACGCGGUGCCACGUGUCGUCCUUGUCCUCCUUCUCCACGCGCCUCUCCCCGCUGAUCUGCAGCACCCUGUCGUCCUCCACUUCAACCUUCACCUCCUCCUUCUUCAGCCCCGGCAGGUCCGCCUUGAACACGUGCGCCUCCGGCGUCUCCUUCCAGUCGAUCCUCGUGUUCACGAAGGCCGUAUUCUCCCCGCCGCCGGGGAUGAGCGCCGACGACGAGGGGAAGUUGAUGGAGAAGUCCCUGAAGGGAUCGAAAGCGUCCAAGGCCGAGAAUGGAUCCCACGCGCCGCUGCUGCUGCCGCCGCGGCGGUUCCCGAAGAAGCUUGGAAUCAGCGACAUUUUGAUUUUCGUAAGAUUGGGGAAAGGGAGAGGCGUCGUGCUCCAGAGACUUCUGGUGUCUUCUUUCCUUUUCUUUUUC